GUAGGCUUGAGUUCUCGAUGUCGGGGUCUCUGGAGCGAGUGUGUUUAUGAUAACAUGGCCAAUAUUUGGACCUGUGAUAUUCCAGUCUCCUAUCUUAGUCACCAUCCAGGUGAGUUACGCUUUAGAUAUAGACGUAACGUCACAAUAGUUGCAAUUUAGCUUCAGUAAUAAAUCAGGCCUUCUUAUUUUAUUGCAGUAUCUCUGGUGGUCACACGGGCCUUGAUGGUUAUAAAGGGUAUUCUCUCAAUUAUUGCAUCUCCUCUUCUGAUUCUUGGAAUGAAGUGUACAACAAUUAUCAAGAAUGACGACCAUCACAAAGUACAAUUCUCCAAGGCUGCAAUGAUACUGCUUCUGAUGGGAGGUAUUCAAUGCUAUAUGGUUCUACAUCAAGUGCUGAAAUAUGUCAUUCUGAUUAACCUGGGUGUAGACAAGUGAACACAAGUCUGGAACCAUACUUUAAUAGUAUCAAUGGAAGUAUAUUUUUUGUUUGAGCAUCAUGUUCUCUCACACCACCCAAUAUUUCAAAUAAAAAAAAACUUAAAUUUUGGGGAUGUGGCUAGGAAUGUGACAAGGGGCAGGGCUACCCAGUCCAGCAUACAACUCAGAGCUCCAUCAGCUGUUCCAUGGCCAUUUGAAACAGUCUGAUUUUUAAACAUACCCAGUCCAGCAUAGAACUCAGAGCUCCAUCAGCUGUUCCAUGGCCAUUUGAAACAGUCUGAUUUUUAAACAUACCCAGUCCAGCAUAGAACUCAGAACUCCAUCAGCUGUUCCAUGGCCAUUUGAAACAGUCUGAUUUUUAAACUUACCCAGUCCAGCAUAGAACUCAGAGCUCCAUCAACUGUUCCAUGGUCAUUUGAAACAGUCUGAUUUGUAAACAUACCCAGUCCAGCAUAGAACUCAGAGCUCCAUCAGCUGUUCCAUGGCCAUUUGAAACAGUCUGAUUUUUAAACUUACCCAGUCCAGCAUAGAACUCAGAGCUCCAUCAACUGUUCCAUGGCCAUUUGAAACAGUCUGAUUUUUAAACAUACCCAGUCCAGCAUAGAACUCAGAGCUCCAUCAGCUGUUCCAUGGCCAUUUGAAAUAGUCUGAUUUUUAAACAUACCCAGUCCAGCAUAGAACUCAGAGCUCCAUCAGCUGUUCCAUGGUCAUUUGAAAUAGUCUGAUUUUUAAACAUACCCAGUCCAGCAUAGAACUCAGAGCUCCAUCAGCUGUUCCAUGGCCAUUUGAAACAGUCUGAUUUUUAAACUUACCCAUUCCAGCAUAGAACUCAGAGCUCCAUCAACUGUUCCAUGGUCAUUUGAAACAGUCUGAUUUUUAAACAUACCCAGUCCAGCAUAGAACUCAGAGCUCCAUCAACUGUUCCAUGGUCAUUUGAAACAGUAUGAUUUGUAAACAUACCCAGUCCAGCAUAGAACUCAGAGCUCCAUCAGCUGUUCCAUGGCCAUUUGAAACAGGUAGCCUUCUGGAAGACUGACAUUUCAUUAUAUUUCUACAUACCCUGUUAAUUUUGUAGUAUGUUUUUGUAUUUAGUGACUAUUAUUUAGUUUUAUUAUUUUCAAUGUAUACAUUUUCAUGUCUUUGUAACUAUAGCCUGUGCUAAUCAUGCAAAGUAUUUUAUCACCUUUGUCUUUGUCCAUCAUGUUAAAAGUUAGUUUAACCAGCUCAGGCCCAUAUAUCUUUCUUGUUCCUUGUUUAACUAUUUAUAGAUAGUCUCCCACACAACUUUCAAUCUCCUGAAAUGACAGGUGCAAACACUGAUCAGCACACCCAUCCAAUCUCUUAACCCUAUAGAACACAUACCCUCUCUCCCCACAAAUAGAUAUAUCACACACCAAUACUAUAUACUUUUAUUUAAUUUUUGUUUUUCGCAAUUUCUGUUUCAUUUUCAACUACACACCUCAUACCACUAACAUGAAUCCAAAUAUAACCAUACUGAUAUUCUUAAUAACCCUUUGUUCAAUCCAAUUUUGUUCACACCACUACCAGCAUAAGCACACACCUCAAACUGGAACACAAAUUAUAAUACACCAUGGCAUGCUCUGUUCCUGUAACUUAUCUGCUGAGUGCUGGUGGAGAGUUCUAAAAAAUAGCCCUCCUACCCCCACCUCACAAAAUUAUAAAGUAUCCCAUUCACUAUAUGGCCAAACAAAAAUUAUGUCCAAAUUCCUAUUCCUUAUGUUACUUGCCCUUGCAAAUGAUGUGGAGUCUAACCCUGGUCCCGCAGCUAAUUCUAGUCCUAAUCCCCCCACUAAAAAAGGCCUCUCUUUUGUGCACUGCAACAUCCGUAGUUUACUCCCUAAACUGGAUACACUGCAAGCCUGGUGUUCCUAUUACAAACCAAAAAUCAUUGUGCUCUCAGAAUCACGGUCAACGACUAAAAUACCAGACACCGCCAUUGCAAUACAGGGCUAUUCAUGUUUUAGAAAUGACAGAGCAAAGAGAGGAGGAGGCAUUGUUAUUUAUGUUGACUAUUCCAUAAAGUUUACCCCUUUACAAAACCUUAGUCCUCCUGCCACCUUUGAUUUCCUUUCUGGCACAAUUGAGAUCCCGUGCAGUAAAUCAAUCAUUGUUGCAGGAAUCUACCGCCCACCUAGCUCCCCUGUGCAUUCCCUUUCUGACAUAGCCCACCUCCUUAGUGACACCAUAGCUCAAAACCCUAAAAGUGAACUGUUGGUCUUUGGAGAUUUUAAUAUUGAUUGGCUGAAUCCUAAAAAUAAUAGUUCUUGCACGCUGUUUAAGAUGCAAUUAAUCUCCUCCCCAAUUUGCAUAAACAUUAAAAGCCAUAACCAUACCCUGCUAGAUUGGAUUCUCUCCACUUCUCCUGAUAGAAUCCAAGAGGCCGGUGUUCUCCCAAACAUUUUCAGUGAUCACUGUUUAGUGUACUUAGCGUGCGCAAAAUAAAGGCUAUUAAAUCCUCUCCCAAGGUUAAAAUAACUAGGUCCUUCAAAAAAUUUAAUCUUGAAUCCUUUCUAAAGGAUAUCAAGAACCUCCCAUGGCACAGAUUAAACAUUAUCCCAGAUCUAGACUGUGCUGUUGAAUUCUUUCAGUCUGAACUCCUACAAACUUCUAAUUUGUAUGCCCCGCUGCGUAAGGUGAGGGUAAAAGGAGCACCUAUGAACUAGAUCACAGCUGACCUCAUCCAAAUGUACCGGUUUCGGGAUUCUUUGUGGUCAAAGUUUAAGUGUACUGGCUCUAUGAAUGAUCACCGUGCAUAUAGACAAUGGUGAAAUAUAUGCACAAAACAAACAAAAUUGGCCAAGGCCAAAUAUUUCUGUGAAAAUCUGAACAAUAACAUCUCAAACCCUAGAAACUUUUGGAAAGUCAUAAAUAAACUACAAACUCCCCCAAUCCACUCCCAACCCUCCACUGUCAAAGUGGAUAACCAAACCCUGCAACUUCCCUUAGAUGUAGCAAAUGCCUUUAACAAUUAUUUUGUCGGAUGCUCUACUGCCCUGAUUGCCAAGCUAAUAAAUGACACGCAUCCUGAAACUACAAAUGUGGAUCAGGCCCCACUAAAUUUGCUAAAGUCCCAAUAUAGACAAGUUCAUUUUUAGACCUGUACCUGUUAAUGUCAUUGAAACACAUCUUAAUAAUCUAAAAAAGAAAAACCAGUCCGGACCUGAUCAAAUCCCAGCAAUGCUGUUGAAGCUCAGUGCGCCGGCAAUUGCUAAACCCAUCGCAACUCUAAUUAACGAAUCCUUGGUGUCUGGAUACAUACCCAAACUUUGGAAGACUGCAAGAGUAGUGCCUAUCCAUAAAAGUGGUGACACUACUUUGGUUUCUAACUAUCGCCCAAUAUCAUUGCUCCCGGCAUUGUCAAAAAUCUUAGAAAAAUGUGUCCAUACACAACUAUGUGAGUACUACCAACAAUCAAACUAUCUGACCCCUGAUCAAUUGGGCUUUCGCCAGAAUCACUCCACUACAACUGCCCUCUUAAAAGUUUGCAAUGACAUCCAAACUGGCAUGGAACAAGGAGACCUAACUGGAGCUAUUUUCCUUGAUUUUGCUAAGGCCUUUGACACAGUAAACCUCGACAUUCUACUGCACAAACUAAAAAACUCAGGUAUUGGUGAUCGUUCGCUAAACUGGUUUCGAUCGUAUGUAUUGGAUCGCUCGCAAUAUGUGUCCAUUUCUGACAGCGACUCCCUCCCCCUCCCAGUCACGUGUGGUGUUCCCCAAGGUUCCAUUCUCGGCCCCCUACUAUUUACAUUAUUUAUAAAUGAUCUGCCUAAUGUCUGCAAAUCCUCAAAUGUACACAUGUACGCAGAUGACACGGUAAUCUAUGCGAGCAAUUCCGAUCUACCGCAGCUUGAGGCUGUGCUCCAAGACCAGUUUACAGAGGUAGAAAAGUGGAUCGCAAAAAGCAAACUCUUCCUGAACACUGCCAAAACUGUCACAAUGAUCUUUGGAACAGUACCUAAAUUACACAAAUUACACAAUUCCCACCUAUCCAUCAAAACAAAUUCAAAUGGCACACUGACCGCAGUCCACUCUUUCAAAUACUUGGGUAUGAUGUUAGACCCCAAUCUAUCUUUUGGCCUGCACAUAGAAAAGCUUGCAUCUAAACUUUAUCCAAAACUAGGUGCCCUGUACAGAAACAAAUCCUGCUUAAGCCCUACAGUAAAGGAAAUGAUUGUACAGCAAAUGCUGAUGCCAAUCAUUGAUUAUGGGGAUGUAGUAUAUGCAUCUGCAUCGCAAUCCCACAUUAAUAAACUCAACACAUUGUAUAACCCGUUCUGCCGAUUUGUGCUACAGGACUCACCACUCACCAUGUAAUUACAGGACUCACCAUUGUGACAUGCUAAAAGAACUAAACUGGCUUUUGCUGGAAUCCAGACGCACCCAUCAUCUCUCCAGCCUUGUGUUUAAGAGCUUUUCUGGGAAACUCCCACCCUACCUGAACACAAUGUUUUCCCCGGCUGUUCCCACUUCCUAUAACCUCCGAUCCAGUACCAACACUUUAUUUAGUCUACCUCAAUACAAAAAGAAAGCAGCCCGAUCCUCCUUCUCCUACAGAGCACCGCAAUUGUGGAAUUUGUAUUUUAUUGUACCCUAAUGUAACAAUCCAAUGAUUUGUGGACCCAGGACAUACAGGAAAACGAGAGAAAUCUCAAUGUAUCUUUGCUGGUAAAAUAUUUUAUAAAUAAAUAAAUAAAUAUUGUGAGAAAUCUCAGGUGACUUGCUAAUGACAAUUUAUGUAACUAAAAUGUAUUUCGAACAAGAUCAAUGUAUUUUAUUUACACAGACUGAUUGCUAGACACAUUUAUUGUAGUGUAAAAACACAUCAUUGUGAAUAAUAUUGCUGUGGAACAUCUACAAAUGAGGAACAUUAGGAUAGAAAGGAGGAGUUAGGCCCAUAAUAGGGACUGAAUUCUGGUUACUUUGGCUGACAAUAAAUAAACAAGGGAUAGAUAGUUGAGUCUGUGUUCCAUAUAUCUUACCAAUAACCACCAGACUAUCAAUACUAAUGUUGGUGCUAGAAUGCUUGUGGCAGUCUGUCUUCUUCUGGACCUUGACUCCCAAUCUCUUUUUUUCCAGGUAUUUCCGGGGCGAUUGCAGUAUUCUGGUUUGCAUUAGACACAGCUUUGAAAUACAGGACAGAGGUGGGUAAAAAAAUGGAGAGCUGGAACAUUCUCUGUAGCAUCUGUGUUUCGCAUUGAACUGGCAAGGAACCCUAUCCAUGGCAGGAGCAUGGAAUCUCCUUAUCAAGGGAAUUCUACUGGCAUCAUAGGAAGGGAACUUUCCAAGUACAUUCUAAUAAAAACAAAGAAUAUGAAAACUCUGAGGACAGCCAAAAGUUUAGAGAAACUCAGAAGCUUGCCCUUUGGUGAGUCCCCGCUCAGGACUCAAAAAUGUUUUUACUCACAAUAGUGCUCGAGGGAUAACUGCUCCAUUGCAAAAUGAUGAAAAUUAAUGUAUUUACAAAUGAAUGAAUGAUUAAAAAACGAUAUACUCCAUGCUAGAGAUGUUAUUUUUAUAUGCUAUACUCAAUGAUGCCUUCUGGCCUUCCUUUUCUAUACCUUACUAAACAUUUGAACAUAAAAGCAUGUUUAUUAAUACGUGUUGGCAGAACAUUCAGGUUUAUUUAAGAAAGUGAGAUUCAAAGUGAAUUUCAAACUUAAGGUUAAAAUAAUUGAACUGGAAGAAUUCCAGCCAGUUAUGCUUUCAGUUCAACUAUGCUGGUCUUAAAGGGACACUAUAGACACACAGACCACUACAUCUCAUUGAAGUAAACUGGGUGCACUGUCCCCUUAACACUGCGAUGUAAAACAUUGCAGUUUUAGAGAAACUGCAAUGCUUACAUUGCAGGGAUAAGGCUGCCUAUAGCAGGGGCUUCCUGCUGUUUAACAACGUGAAAUGAUGGUGGACUUCCUUACGCUUGCGUUAGCGUCUUCAAAAUCCCCAUAGGAAAGCAUUGAUUCAGUGCUCUCCUAUGGGGAAGACCUAAUGCGCAUUAGGUUCCACUUCACGAGGACAGUGGAGGACCUGUCCUGGAAUAAGGUAAGUGAAAACUUUUUUAUUAAUCCUUUCAUUACUACGGGAUGGAUGGGGCAGAGGAAUACUAUAGUGUUAGGAAUACAGCUCUGUAUUUAAAUUUCAAAUUCACUUUGAAUUUUCAUUUUAGUACAGAACCCAUGUUUAUACUGAAUUAUCAUUGAGAAAGCAUUACUUUUUUUUACAUUACAUUUUUACUGUCAGUAUGCCAUAUAGUCUGUGAUAUAGUCUGUCCCAUUGUACAGCGCUACGGAAUUUGUUGGCGCUAUAUAAAUAAUAAAAUAAUAAUAAUAAUAAUAAUAAUAAUAUAGGCACUGUAGCCUGUCCAGUGACUUUCCAUGGAUGUCUAGUAUUAGUGUUCCAGCUGCGGUUGGGCUAUAUUUUGGCUGGGCUGGACACUAGUGUCAUAGAGUGAUGCAUCAUUUUGCAAGGUGCUUAUUAUAUUGUUCUUGUUUCUUAUAGUUGAGUCUGGCAGUUCCGGGGAUCACGUAUGAACUUGGUUAUUCCUACUGGUUUGCCGUGGCCUCGGCCACAUGUAUUUGUGGAUCAGCUUUUCUGCUUGUUGGUUUAUACUGCAGAAUUCACGCCAGAGUGAUGGAAAAACCCAGCAGCUUUCAGCAUCAAAGUAAUAAGAAUGCGAUGACCUAUCUGUGACUCGCAGCUGAUAAACUGGGCUAGCACCCAGAUGCAUGCCGAGCUUUGCAAAGCCAGAAGGUUGGCCAUUGUGUGGGAAUAGAAAUGACUGCUGAGAUAGGAGUUGGCACAGUUAUACCUGAAAUCUAAUGCCCACCGUUUCCUAACUGUCAGCUCAGGAGAAAAGAGACAUGUUUCAUGCCACUUCCUGUGUUAUCUCAACAUUCUACAGGAUAUUUACCUGGUACCAUUUGUGAAUUCAAAAACCCUAAAGAAGUCUUAAUAAGUGAAGUAUAUCACUGAAUAAAAAGUGCA